AUUCCUUUCAUUCCAGCCAACCUUUCAGGCUAACGUAUGUGUUGAGGAGUAAAUUUCAAGCACCAUCAAGGCCUCACGCCCAUCAUUGCCAGUGCUUGGGGAACAGGUAAAACCAGAGGUACAGGAGAGCUCGUCAUAGCAGCAGGGGUUGGUUGGGAACCCAGCCUCUGUGACACAACACAGUAAGAAAAUAUACGACAUCGGAGGACAGCUGGAGUCUAACUCCCAGGGAAUAGCUUUGCAUGUAUCUGGUCCCCACCUGAUCACUCUCACUGGUGCUACUGGUCUGUUCGAUCCUCUGGGUUGAGUGCUGCCUGCUCUGGCCGUGCAGGAGUGAGCGCUGAGGACUUGUGCUCAGCAGGGGUUUAAUACAACAAACAAGCAAGCAGUCACCAUGCUGCGAGAAGCUGUAUCAAACAUUUUAAAAUUCCACAAUUAUCUGCAAUCAAGAACUGAUGCCAGAGUCAGAGACUACCCUCUGAUGCACAGUCCCAUACAGAUGACCGCCAUCCUGUUGGCUUAUGUCUUCUUCUCGGUGUACGCUGGGCCUCGCCUGAUGGCCAACCGCAAACCGUUCCGCCUAAACACAGCCAUGAUUGUCUACAACCUGAGCAUGGUUUUACUCAACGCCUACAUAGUCUAUGAGUUCAUGAUGUCCGGAUGGGCCACCACCUUUACGUGGAGAUGUGACCUGAUUGAUCCCUCCAGCAGUCCUCAGGCUCUUAGGAUGAUUCGAGUGGCUUGGUUGUUUUAUUUUUCAAAAUUCAUUGAACUCCUUGACACAGUGUUCUUUGUGCUGAGGAACAAACAAAGCCAGAUCACAUUUCUCCAUGUAUUCCAUCACUCCUUCAUGCCCUGGACGUGGUGGUGGGGCAUCACCCUGACUCCUGCUGGAGGAAUGGGCUCCUUCCAUGCCAUGGUGAACGCAACAGUCCAUGUUAUCAUGUACUUCUACUAUGGACUCUCUGCUGCAGGACCUCGCUUCCAGAAGUACCUGUGGUGGAAGAAGUACAUGACUGCCAUCCAACUUACGCAGUUUGUUCUUGUCUCCAUUCACAUUAGCCAGUACUACUUCAUGGAGAAAUGUGACUACCAGGUCCCCUUGUGGAUCCACUUGAUCUGGAUGUAUGGUGUCUUCUUCUUCCUCCUCUUCUCCAACUUUUGGGUGCAGGCCUACAUAAAGGGCAAGCGGCUUCCCGUCAUAGACGACAAGCCAAAACUGAACGGCUCAGCCAGUGAACCUAUCAGUGUGGUGGCCAAUGGCAAACACCUGGAGAAUGGGAAUGCGCCCCACUACACCAACGGCAAAAUCUUCCUGGGCAAAGUAAAGGAAAUCUAACUUAGUGACUCUGGAAAGGAGAAGGAGGAAUACAAGGCGGCUCUAUAGAGCCACCAUGAAUAUGUCAUUCAUCAUUCAUAUCUAGUAGCAUAUUGGAUUGGCACAGAUCCCAAUAUACUACUUCUAAACUUCAUAAUUUCUAUAUAAGUCUAGUCGUUUUUUGAAAAUAUAUGCACACUUCUUGGGAUAUGAAUGGCAUAUUGUGUUUUGCCAGUGAUCUCUACAUGUGACAUUGUGUUUGUUAGUUGUUGUAAAAGCUGUGACACACACUGUAUGAAGAUUGGUGCUCAUUUUGUCACUGAUAGUAUUCUUCAACUCACGCUUGAGCCACACGAGCUUGACCUACACUACUGUUUGGCCUGCAUGACCCUUGUUGCUUGGGAGCAUCACACAGUUUCCACUUAAGACUAGCACAUGUAAAUAAUUUCAACAAAGUUUAUGCCAAAACAAGGUUUGUCAUUGUAAAUGUCAAAUAUUUAGUUUUUCUUUUUUUGUUUUUUAUUUAUCAUUUGAAAUAAAACUAACUUUAGAUAACGGUCUGUCAUUUGGAAA